GUUGCGUGACAUCCCAAAAAACGGCUGCGAAGGAGACUAUUUUCAAUAAGGACUUUGAGUAAAAACGCGGAAACUGUCCAAUUUGGGAAAAAAUAGGACAGUUUGUCUCAGCCAAUGAAAUUAAGCGAUUAACCUUCCGAAGAUUAUCGAAGGCCACACGAAACCUUCCGAUGAUUUCCGAAGAUUCCCCGGACAUUUCCGAAUAUCAACCGAACAUCUCCGAAGAUUUCCAAAAAUCACUUAAGUACUUCCGAAGAUCGCCCGAACACUUCCGAAGAUUUCCGGAGAUCACCUGAAGAUUUCCGAAGAUCACCAGAACGCUUCCCAGGACAUCCGAAGACUUGUGACAAUCUCCGGCGAUCUCCGAAGAUCACCGGAUAUUUUCGAAGCUUUCCCCAGUUUCGGAAGAUCGAGGGCCCAGUCUGUUUUUCUUCAGAGAGAGUUACUGUAGUUUUCCUUGCAAAGCUGUAUUACCUCACGAGCUAUAUAAGUAUAUGUAAUAGGACUACAUGCUGUCCAAUUUGGAAAUAAUUGGAUGAAAAAAAUUCCGAGGACAGCCAAAAUUGGACGAGGCCUGCGGCUUCGUUCAAUACAGAUCAAACUAGCUACUGUCCACAUUGGAGGGCAAACGAACAAAUAAUUAAUUCCAUUUGACUUGUAGCUUUCAAAAGGGAUCCAAAAGAUGAUUCGGACGCCCACAUUUAGAGGUCGCGAAAAAUCCGACAAUUCAUUUUAUGUCAAAAUUCUUGGUAUACGGUAACCAAUAAAGGCAGAACCACAGCGACAAACCAGGAAGAGGCACCCUAUCUUUUGGAGUCGGUAUGUAACGGUAUAUAGCGACUUGCCUCUCGUUGAAAAAAGUUGAACAGUGAUUUACUUGAGACGUCCAUACAUUAUUUUAAAUGCUUUUUUAAAACUAUCUUAAAUAAUAUAAUUUAGCUCAUUUUAACCAAUGGAAUCCGUUGAAAUUCACGCCGAUUAAGGGCACAAAUAACGGGCACUAUGCGCAUUGGAUGGGCAUCCUUUUAGCAGCGCGCGCAUUUUUGUUUUGUGCCACACGCUGGACACGCUGGACACGCUGUUGCUAGGUUACACAAGUAUUAUUUCAGUUCAGGCUUCCCGGUGUUUUGUUGGGUUACGUCUCAGCGAUGAUCUAAACAUUGUGAUAAUUUUUGUCCUGUAAAAUGGUGUUUGCCGUCUCCAAUAAGGACUUUCCGAGGAUUUCAGGUAGAGGAACGUCGUCGAAAACGUGGCAAAAGUCCAAGUUUGAAAAGCAAAGGGAAGAGGAGGUUCUUCGAAAUGCUCACGAGCGAGGCUAUCUACGAGCUCCCACCGUGAAUGAUAUUUUUGACAGCAUCGGUGAAAAAUGCGAUCUAGAAGACAUCAGCUACCUGAAUAUGAGCAGGAUUUGCCUUCAUACUGUACAAACCAUUGACUUGUGUAUGAGAUUGAGAAUCUGCGUAUUACAUUCCAACUACAUUUCUUCGUUUGAUUCUCUGUCUUUCUGCCGAGAUCUUGUUUACUUGGAUUUACAUAAUAAUCAGAUUGCAAAACUGCCUGGCCACAAGUUUUGGGCAUCGCUCACUGAACUCAAGGUUGUUUUUCUUCACAACAACAGUAUUUCUAAACUUGCUAACGUGAACUAUAUGGCUGCUUCUCCAAGCAUUUCUGUACUGACUCUGUAUGACACCCCACUGAGUCUGAAACCAAACUACAGACAUCACUUGGUGAACAGUUUGUGGUCUCUGAAAUCUCUGGACUAUUACGUCAUUUCUGAUGAAGAGAUAAUAGAGGAUUCGUCUUUUGGUGGUUGCUUUGCACCUCUACAGCCAACUUUUUAUAUCAAUGUUUCUUGUUCUCUUGCAAAGGAGAGCACAUAUGAAGAAGCCAUGAAGGAAGUUAAUGGGCUCCUUGCUGAAGUAAACAGAAUUCAGGCAAAACACUGCCCUGUUUUGAUAAUCCAGCGUUAUAUCAGAGGACAUUUGACCAGGAUGAGGUUUAAGUUCAUUCAAGACAUGAGAAUAUGGGCUGCAGUCUCAAUUCAGCGCUAUUACCGUCACUACAAAGGGUACACAGAAGGAGGUACCCUACCACCGCCCACGUCUCCAGUCCCUAGCCGAUCCAACUCGGCCCUGACUCGAUUUGAUUACGAGGCCUAUUUGCAUGGGGUGAAACCUGCCUAUCCACCCAGCCCUAGGGCUUCCGCGGGAAAGAUUACAAGAAGACCACGAAGUCGCAAUGUGUCUAUUACUGUGGAGCCCAUUGGUAGCAUCACGGAGGAAGGCGAUAGGAGGACAGAGGGAAGGGUCACCACUUCCCCAGUAGAAGAUCUUGAGUUGACAAGAAAUGAAAAUUUCCCAGUCAGAAUCACUACGAGAAUUAGCUUGAACCUUAAGAAGCUCGAAACCAGUACUUCUGACGUCAUCAGAGCUAAAGAGGAGGCCGUGACUAUUCGGAAGAGCCUGGGUCUUGUCAGUCUCAAGUCCAGGAAAAGUAUGAUUGAAAGUCGCGAAUCGAUGCGUAUUAAGUUGGCGACGCAAAAUAGUAUCAGGGUGAAAAGCCGGGAACUUCAAAAGGAGGAACAGAGAAUGGAAGAGAAGGAGAAAAAAAGAAAAAAACGAGACCGCGUUGGAAAGUACACGACCGUGCAAGUACUUCUUGGGCCAGUUGUUGACACGCACCCGCGUACCGAGUGUGAACCGAGUGAGACCGAGGGUGAACCGAAGAAGCUGCGAUUUCGAUUGUCAGGACUUCGCGCUCCGAUUCAAAUAGUCGACCCUUUGCGAGAAAUGCUGAUUUCCAAGCAAGAGGCUGGAAAGGACGUCAGAGAAGCGGCAAGGGAGAUAGAGAGGAAAGCAGCAGAGGAGCCAAGAAAGAUUGCCAUAAAACGACAGACGGUUACCACCGAUCAAAGGCUUUUCAUUCGCACCCACGGCACAAUGGGCUUGGCGUGCUUGCGAGCUGUUCAGCAUGCCUACAGGGAAAGAGAACGUGCUGAUGCUGUGUCUUCAAAAGCUUUCACUGUAGCGCAGUUAAGAGAAGAUCGAGAACAAGCUAAAGAACGCAUGAAGAUAUUCAAACAGAAGUACAAGGAAGCCUCGUUAAGGAGAAGAGUGCGAGAUGGUGUAAGGACCGCUGAAGCACUGAAAGAACGACAAGCCAAGGAGGUGACUGAACAUGAACGGCUGUCCACAGCACGAGCUGUUACGGCGGAACAGGUCAAGUCCAGGCGAGCGGAUUUGGCGUUCUUAACGGACUUCCACUGUCAGCAUACGUCCAUCUCGAACGCGCUACAACGUCAUGAUCGAGUCUCACAGAGAGACGAGCGAGUGCAAGAAAUCGAAGAGACCGUGCGAAAGGAAAAAGAAGUUUCCCAAGACCAACAAGCUUUGGUGCGUCGCUACAUGGAGCACAGGCAACUGUUACGUCAAGCGGAGACUGCCAUGGCGCGUGCUGAGCUCAACACGCAUUUGACGCGGGAAGCCAAUCAGCGCAAGGCGGCGGCGAAAGAGCGCGUGGCACAGAUAAAGGCGCGAAAUCAGGAAACCCAGGAGUUUUACUCGCCGACGGUAACGCAUGCGCCAGCUAAACUCCCGCCUCUGGCUGUUGUGUCGCCAGAGCAAAUGAAUGUUUGGAAUGACUUGGAGAAAUUUGAUUGGACGCCUGUAUGUCAUGAUCGUUCCUAUUCUGAGCCUUACGGGAGAGUGGUGUCUUCGAGAAGGCAGCGUAUGUACUCAUUAGAACCCACAUAUGGCAUAGCAUGAGGCAUGAAAACUACCUUAAGUUUAGAGACUUGUAGCAAUAUGUUACUUAAUAGAGGUGCUUUUUUAUUUUUUAUUUUACUGCAAACAAUGAAGUUUUGAGGUUGAAAAAGCGCGCAUUGUGUUGCAUGCAAUAAUCUCUAAAAAUACAUCAGAUCGUGGUUCGUUUUUUGCGACUUUUCAGAUAAGUUCUCAAUCUGGUGAUGUGUAAUAAUUAAUACCCAAGAGACAAUUUCCAACAUUUUUGUUAUUAAUUUAUUCUGGGUUGCUAAUCAAGGACGUUCAGCGGCGCAGACUUGACGGUCUAUUACGCAACUUGGUACGAUCGGUGAAUCUAAACCGGCUCAAAACGUUUUGAUCUCGAGCAAAUUUUAAAUGCCAUAAUUUAUUUUUUACCUUUUAUCCAAAUCAGAAUAGAUAGUAGAAAAUGAACUUAUUGAAUAGAUUUAAAUGAGAAUAUUUAUUUAAAGAGACCAGGACAAAGGUGUUACGUUAUCAAAUGAUCAGUGUUACAGAGUAAGAAUUCAGAGUGAAAGAUCGUUAAUAUAACCUGAUUGUAACAGAUGUUUGAAGUUAAUUAAAAUUCUACUAGGUUGAUUCUC